CCUACCACCUCCAACACUCCACUCCACCAUAUCACUCUCCACUCCACUCCACUCAGCUCGAGAUAGAACAAUGGAGGCCAAGAGCUCCGCUGCUUUGAUCUCGCUCGUGCUGCUGCUGGCGGUGGCCACCGGUGGUGUUUCCGGCCGAACCACGUACACAGGAAGCAGCUCUGCGGGGACGACGGGGAAGAAGCAAGUCGGCCAUGGGAAUGGGGUGAAGCCGACGCCACAGACGAAGAAGGUGCCGGCGCUGGUGGUGUUCGGCGACUCGAUCGUGGACCCGGGCAACAACAACGACAUCCACACCAUCAUCAAGGCCAACUUCCCGCCCUACGGCCACGACUUCGGCGCCGACCACCGCCCCACCGGCCGCUUCUGCAACGGCAGGAUCCCCACCGACUUCAUCGCCUCCAAGCUCGGCCUCAAAUACCUUCUCCCGGCCUACCUGCAGCAGUCCCCCAACCUCACCGCCCACGACCUGCUCACCGGCGUCAGCUUCGCGUCCGGCGGCACCGGCUACGACCCGCUCACGGCGCAGCUCGCCUCCGUCAUCUCCAUGACGGACCAGCUCCGCAUGUUCCACGACUACAAGGCCAAGGUCCGGGCCCUCGCCGGCGACGCCGCCCUCUCGGAGAUCCUCUCAAAGGGGGUCUUCGCGGUGUGCGCCGGCAGCGACGACGUGGCCAACACCUACUUCACCAUGCGGGCGCGCAGCUCCUACUCGCACGCCGACUACGCGUCCCUCAUCGUCUCCCACGCGUCCGCCUUCCUCAACGGCUUGCUCGCCGCGGGGGCCAGGCGCGUGGCCAUCAUCUCCAUGCCGCCCAUCGGGUGCGUGCCGUCGCAGCGCACGCUGUCCGGCGGCAUGGCGCGGGGCUGCUCCUCGGGACACAACGAGAUCGCCGAGAUGAUUAACGCCGGCAUGGGCACCGCCGUGGAGUCUCUCAAGGCCAGGCACCCAGGGGCGAAGGUGGUGCUCAUGGACAUCUACGGGUUCCUGAUGGACAUGAUGCUCCGCCCGCAGGGGUACGGCUUCAAGGAGUCCACGCUGGGGUGCUGCGGCACCGGCAUGAUGGAGGUCUCCGUGCUCUGCAACGGCGUCACGUCGGCGGUGUGCGGCCACGUCGCCGACUAUCUGUUCUGGGACAGCUACCACCCCACGGAGAAGGCGUACGGGAUCCUCGUCGACUUCGUCUACGAUAACUACCUCAAGGAGCUCAUCGACUAGCUUUCAUGCCCUACCUACUUUCAAAUUCCAUUGUGUUUUGUGGCGUGCACGCACCUGGAGUAUGUUACGAUAGGUUGUGAGAAACAAAACAAUUAAUGUUGAAUUAUUAUUGUAAGUUGCAUGAUUUUGAAUUUGGGUCGGUCGACUCUGUUUGGAAAA